AUGUCUGAGCAAACCUCACAUAGUGACAUGCCUUUGGAUGACAGUGAAAUCUAUGAAGACGAUAUUUUGGCAUCAACAGAAUCGGGUUCACGAUCUAAAAGAGCUAGAAAAGGUGGCCCUAGUUUUCAUGAAGUAUGGAGUUAUGUGACUAAAGGCGUACAAGUAAAUCCAGGGCACUAUGAAGCUACAUUACCUGAAGAGAUUCAAAAAUACUGGUGUAAUAAACUUGCGGAAGAAAAUAAUACUUAUAGAAGAAAUUCACAAUUAAAUCCAAAUUUGCCUUCACAAGUUAAUAAUUACUAUGAUGAACUUCUUCUAAAGGCUUGGAUAAUGGCCAAUAUCGCUUUUGAAGUAGUUGAAAAUUCUUUUAUUAAAAGUCUGUUUAAAGCACACAAUCCUGCCUAUACAUUACCAUCAUAUACAACACUAUCUGAACGGUUGUUAGAUAAGGAGUUUGCACGUGUGCAAAAUGCUAUUAAUGACGAGUUAGAAAACAUUGAGAAUCUAACAUUAAUUAAGUUAUCUGAAUCAGAACUUCGUGAUAUGGUGAACCUCAUAUCAAUAAAUAAUUUUAUUGAUAAUGAGGAAAUAAAUAAAAGUAUUAAUACAAUUUAUAAUAGUCAAAAUGUUUUAACUCAUACUAACUUAAUUUUGGAGGAUAUUGUUAAUUUAAGAGAUCUAAUCUUCCAAGAUAGGGAUAUUGUAUCAUAUGAAAUUUCAAAUAAUAAUCCAAGCAAUAAUAAUAAAAACAUCAUUGUGGGUAAUAUGAAUUUUAGCCCUGAAAAUCUUGUCGAUACUAUUCUGAAUGAUAAGUUAGAGAACUAG